AUGUACCAAUUAAGGCGUGUAGCAUCUCCUAUGCUCCUUAACAUCAACAGCUAUGUCGAAUUAUCGCACCCAGAUAACUCCAUACCAGUGAACCGGUUUGUAACUCCGCUUCAUAUCGUACCUGAAUGGUACUUUUUAGCAUAUUAUGCGGUGUUAAAAGUAAUCCCAUCCAAAACCGGUGGUUUGUUAGUAUUUAUGUUAUCAACAUGUCAAUGA